CCAAGUUGUACGCACGCGUUCCGUAUUACGUGCUACGAUCUACGCAAGCACGUUAGCAUACCGUCUAAGUUUUCAGAAAGUUUCGUGCGCUUGAAUAUUGGAUGCAAUUUGUGCUAUUAAUGUUGUGCUUUGUGAAUAUAUACGUGCCGUUUGCAUAGAUUUGUAACAGUUCUAUAAUUGGACAUUUUUAUUGGAGUAUCACAAUUAUUGUACAAUGAGGGUCGUCAGAUGAACAGCUCUUGUGGAGGAUCGGCGCUACGUUGGUGGCAUUAAGGCAUGGCUUCGGGACACGUGCACGUUUUCAUCUCCAUCGUGAUGCUGCUCUGCAAAGAGUACACCGUGACAAGCUUGGAACUGUUAGAGCUCCGAGUGCCGACACACGUACCUCUGGGCACGAGGCCAUCGCUGUCAUGUCGCUGGCGACUGAGUCCCACCGACAUACUAUACUCCGUCAAGUGGUACAAAGAUGGAAAAGAAUUCUUUAGACACGUACCGCGUGAUGUUGAACCGAGGAGAAAAUUUUUGCUGCCUGGAGUUGACGUAGAGCAAUCAUCUCCCAACGCAUCUAACGUAACGCUUUACCCAGCGGUACUCGAGACAGGCGGACGCUAUCGGUGCGAGGUAUCUGGCGAGAGACCACUCUUUCCGACCGUCUCAGAUCAUGCUGAUAUGAUCGUAGUAGCUCUACCCUCUACAGGACCAGUUAUAACUGGUUCUCGACUGCGUUAUCAGAUUGGGGAUCGAGUUCAAGUGAACUGUACGUCUGGUCGGUCCCGCCCCGCCACGAGGCUCUCGUGGUACAUCAACGGUGAACCAGCACCACUCUCCACUGUUCUUGAACCAAAACUUUACAAGCACGAAGAUGGGUUGGAGACUACAAGUCUUGUCCUCGAUUUUAAAGCUAAGCCGAAGCACUUUCGGAAGGGAGACUUGAAGUUGAAGUGCCUCGCAACCAUCGCCACAGUGUACUGGCGUAGUAACGAAGAAAGCGUGCAAGGAGAACGGUCGAAGGGGUAUUCCCGCUCCAAGGAGUCCCUCGAGGGCGCCUCGCGCGCCGACCGCGUGCAUGCCGCGGGCAAGUCUGGAUACCGCGGCCAUAACGUACCUCCACUACCAGUGACACUCCUAUUAACUCUUAUUCUACAUUUUCCAAUGAGAUUCCACAAAAUGUAAGGAUUUUGAAAGAUGAAUUUAGCAUUCCAUUAAUAUUCGGCACGUUUCAAUGAAUAAGAGUUUAUAAGCGUACCGGAAAUAAAAGUAUAAAAUAAUUGAAAAUUCCAGUCAUAUCAUAAGCAACAUACUGAUUUAAAUAAUAGAUAACUAAAAUAAAUUACUAGUAUAACAUUAUAAUACUAGUAAUUAUAAUGUGAUACUAGUACACAUAACUUCAGCUAAGAGUAACAUGAGAAAAAUCGUAGAUAUCGCUUUAA